AUGGUCAAUACUCGACGAAAGGAGUCGAACGGCUCUCCAGAAGGCCCGAAACAUCGGACUAGGGGUAGCCUUCGGCUCAGUAAACCGAAACAAGAGAGAAGUGGUACUUCAAGCUGUCACGAGAGCGAUAGUGAUGAAUCGGGCGGUAGAGAAUCAUCGUGUAAUGCCGAAGAAGAACCAAAAUCAUCUUUAAACCCACCGACCAAUUUACCUCCCAGACAAUUAAGGAGCAGAUUUUAUCCCCCGAGCAAAUAUAAAACCCGUCCAGUACGUAGUAGUCAUAAGAGAAUAUCCUUAGAUGAUAGAAGAACUUUAACGUUGUUUUCGCAUAAGAUGCACCGUGAUACCGAUGUUUAUGAAAGGGGCCACGAUUCUGAAGAAAGAAUAUAUGAUGUUAGGGGUAGCAGAACUAGGCAUCUAAUUCGAAUGAAUCGAAUGCAAAGACGUACAGCUUUGUCGCUUCGGCCAAUAAGACAAAAAUGUUAUGCUGAUUCACUUUCACCAUCACAUUUUAACUCUGACAGUGAAGGUAGGGUAAGAAAAAGUACCAGAAAACAAGCAGAUAACAUUUCUUGGCUAGACGAUAGUCAAAUGCAUAAAGUCGGUUAUCCGAACCUGCAUGCCGGCUACUCAGAGGAAGACAGUCGAUACGCUGCUGAUGCUCACAAUAAAAUUGAAAUUGCCGGUCGAAUCACAAGGCGAAACAAUGAUGUAAGACUUAGACACGAAAUCAAAACUCCAAAAUAUCUGUAUGAUUAUGGUGUACAAGAUGCUUCGAAAAGACGUAAGAGGAAUAUUGAAAAGGAUGUUGAAAUCAAAGAAGAAAUAGCCUCAACCAGGAGGACAUCGAACGACAAAGAAAACAAAAAAGCAGAAAAUGUUGAAAAUAGAUUCAUGGGCAGAUUAAGAAGAUCGAAAACUAUGAAUUAUGGCGAAGAUAAUGACACAGAGGAACCACACGAAGAAGAUAAAAAACCCCCGAUAAAAGAAGAACCAAACGUUAAUGGAAAUAUUACGGAGGAUGAAAAACCAGCUAAUGGUAAAACUGAACAAUCUUCGGAUAGUGAAGAGGGGGAUGGGGAGGAGGAAGAAGAAGAAGAAGAGAGGGAAACAAGCCAGAUAGAACCAGCCCCUAGACUUCGGACUACCAGAACUCGAUCCAGUAGAAAUAAUAAUUUAAUACUUAAUUCCAAUUAUCCUUCAAGAAGACGUAACGUAAGGCAAGUUAGAGCUUCACCAGUGGGCGCAAUAGAUACCAGUUCAGAAUCCGAAGAAGAAGGAAGAAAAUAUUUGCUAAGAGACAGAAGACCUAAACAGGCUCCCAAAGCAAGUAAGUUAAUCUGUGCAACAGUCAGUCCUGAGAACAAGAGACAUAAGAACUAGAGACAUAAGAACUAGAGACCUACGAACACGUGACAUGAGACCAAGAAUGUUUAGACCCAGAAUCCGGGAAGUAUCUUCCAGUUCUAGUGAUUCAUCUUCAUCAGAUGUUCGACGUGGUAAGCCACCUAAAAGUCCCCAUCAUUCCAAAACUGAACGAAUGAAAUCUGGGGCUGGAGGGAAUUAACAAGAUUGUUCCAAUUAAACCGGAAACAUUGGACAACAGCAUAAAGUUUAACAGCAUUGGCGGACUGGAUAACCAUAUACAAUGUUUAAAAGAAAUGAUACUUCUUCCCAUGAUGUACCCAGAAGUUUUUAAGCAGUUUAGCAUUCAACCACCAAGGGGUGUACUUUUCCAUGGGCCUCCAGGAACUGGUAAAACAUUAAUUGCUAGAGCUUUAGCUAAUGAAUGUAGUUUUGGAAAAAGGAAGGUGUCGUUCUUCCUCAGGAAAGGUGCAGAUUUAUUAAGUAAAUGGAUUGGAGAGUCGGAGAAGCAAUUACGACAGUUAUUUGAGCAGGCUGCCGAAAUGAAACCUUCCAUUAUAUUUUUUGAUGAGCUCGAUGGACUGGCUCCGGUAAGAUCGUCAAGGCAAGAUCAAGUCCAUGCGAGUAUAGUAUCAACUUUAUUAGCGUUAAUGGACGGAUUAGCAGAUCGAGGGGAAGUAAUAGUUAUAGGAGCAACGAAUAGAAUCGAUGCUAUCGAUCCGGCUCUUCGUCGACCUGGCAGAUUUGAUAGAGAAUUACUUUUUACACUGCCAUCCAAAACUGAAAGAGAAGAAAUACUAAAUGUGCAUACAUCUUCAUGGAAAAAUCCUCCAAGUAGACAACUUUUAGACUAUUUAUCGGAAAAUACUGUUGGUUAUUGUGGUUCAGAUUUAAGAGCUCUUUGUUCGGAGGCAGUCAUACAGAGUUUCAGACGAACGUAUCCGCAAGUUUAUAAUUCAGAACACAGGCUCAUGUUACAGCCAGAAAAUGUAAAGGUAGAAAAAGUGGACUUUAUUCGAGCAAAAUCCUUAUUGGUUCCUGCACAACAUAGAAUUACUCAAGGAUUAGGUAGAAAACUAUUCCCGAUAUUAGAACCUCUUUUACAAGAACCGAUAAAAAAAUGUUUAGAUUUGCUUCAACAAACGUUUCCUCACGGCUUGAGUACUUCAUUGGCAAAAGUUAAAUUAUCUCCCAACUUACGACCGGCACAAUUACUUAUUACUGGCGAUGGACCUGGCCAUGGCCCGACGUCCCACAUCGCUCCUGCCCUCCUAUAUAAAAUGGAACAUAUUCAUGCCUACAUGUUAAAUUUGGUAAUGCUGUACCAAGAAACCGGUAGAUCUUGUGAAGAGGCUUGUAUACAGGUAUUCAUAGAAGCGAGGAAAAAUGUACCCAGCAUAGUUUAUAUUCCCAAUAUAGAUACAUGGUGGUCACUUGUGUCUGAUACCGUACGAGCAAUAUUUAAUUCACAGCUAACAUCUUUGGAACCUAAUAUUCCUCUACUUUUUUUGGCUACAGCAGACAAUUCAUAUGAAUCAUUACCUGAAGAGGUUCAAAAACUGUUUUCAUAUUAUCGAAAGGAAGUGAUAGAAGUUGCAGCUCCUACUGCCGAUUUAAGAAGACUUUUCUAUAAACCUCUUAUAAUUGAAAGUAGUUUGAAGCCUGUAAAAAAUGCAAGGGAAUUACCGAAAACUCCGCCACCUCUUCCUAGGGCACCAACUCCGCCACCAUUACCACUUGACGAAAAACAAACCAAAAAAUUGUAUGAAGAGGAAGAACAUACUCUACGGGAACUUAGAAUAUUUCUAAGGGAUAUGUGUAAAAAAUUAGCGAAUAAUAGGUUAUUUUUUAUGUUCACCAAACCAGUAGAUACCGAAGAAGUACCUGAUUAUACCAACAUUAUUAAACAACCCAUGGAUUUAGAAACAAUGAUGACUAAAGUUGACUUUCAUCGCUACGAAUGCGCUAAGGAUUUUUUAACAGACAUCGAAUUAAUAUGUCAAAAUGCUUUAGAAUAUAAUCCUGCCAAAACAUCUGCAGAUAAACAAAUUAGGCAUAGAGCAUGUUCUCUUCGAGAUUAUGCAUAUACUUUAAUAAAAACUGAAAUGGAUACCGAUUUUGAGGAUCGAUGUCAAGAAAUAUCACAGAAACGACGUCAAAGAAAGCAUUGCCCCUUAAAGUACCUGCCUCCUUACAUUUAUACUCCAGAAUUAAUGGAUGAAGAUGUACAAAAUGAUCCAGAAGGAAAUGCACAACCAGAUUUGAAAGGUGACGGCAAAGUCGAUAGUAAAUCUAAUAGAAAAAGGAAAAAGUGUAGAUGGCAAAGAGGUGAAUUAGGGAAAAAUAAGAAGAGGAGAACGUUAGAUAAUUCGCAGAAUGGAGACAAAGCAGUAACAUCGGAUGAGUCUAAUGAUGAACCGGAAACCAAAACAGCCCAAUAUCAUCCUGCCAGAACUAGUGAUAAUGCCACUUCAGGAAUAAAAGACACUCCCACCGGAAGAACAUCUGGCAAUUCCACUGCCCCGCUCACUGUUAACUGUGAUAUGAAUAGUAGUAUGAAAGCAGACAUGUCUGGUCAUUUACAAUCCCCAAAAAGAAGACUGAGUGAUAUCUUAAGCCCUUCCGAACUAUUAGACAACCCAUUAGAUUUUGAUGAUGUAGAUGAAGCAUUGAAUGAAUCAGUAGGUGGCAGUACAUCUAAUAGCAAAUCGAUAGAAAUUUCCCAUUCGGAAUUAGAAAAAACUUUAGAGAUGGCAGUGAAAAUAACGGAAGGCUUAUCGUUAAUUUCUCUUCUGGACCUUUACAAUCAACUGAGUAGGGUAGUAAAAAAGUUUUCGAGGACGCCCAUAAGGACCACGUUACCAAAGGAGCUUCUAAGAGAACUUGCGAGGUUCAAAAAGGAAGGACUUACAGAAUAA